AUGUGGCUAUCGCUAACCGCUAACCGCACUAACCCAAACCGUGUGUCCGUGCUGUACGACCGGCGCUUAUUAGAGGAGGAAGACUGUGACACUAACCCCGCCCUCUUCCCGGUCUCUCCGCAGGCUCCUCGUGGUCCCAGUCCUCCUGCCCCCUCGGGUCCUGGCUCCUGUAACCCUCUGUACGAAGACAACUGCAACCCUCUGACCGCCACUCGCUUCGCCUCGCCGCCCGAGUCCUACAAGAAAGGAGAGAGCGAGGAGGCGGCGGCCAUCCGAGCGGCUCCUCCCCCUUCAGCCGCCGACCACAGCUUUGACCCCUACGCUGCCUACAGAGACGCCUAUGCUAACAGAGACGCCUAUGCUAACAGAGACGCUUAUGCUAGCUCUAACCAGGAGUCGUAUGGAAACCGUAUCCCUGAUCCUUACGCCAUGUACCGCACGCCCACGCCCCGCCAGGCCGACCCCUACGCCAUGAUCCGCCGCCUUAUGUCCCAGGCCCAGCUCAAUGACCCCUACGCCCCCCGCCCUGACGACCCCUCGGCCGCCUCUGGUCCCGCCCCCGGCCCUGACGCCGGUGAAGGCAAUGACCCCUUCUCUGUCAUCCGUGAAGCGGCGGCCUCCAUGCACCGCCAGCACCAGCGACAGGCCGGGCACCAGUUCCCGUUCGCCAACCAGGAGGAGGAGCCUCAGCCGGCCCAGCACCACCCCCUGGGACCCCCGGGGAAGACCAAGGAGGGCUAUGACUGCUACAUGGGCUACGACCCCGAGUGCAUCCCGCUGAAGCCCUCCCAGCCGCGGUUUGGAGGCUCCAGACACGCCCACCCGGCGCACCCUGCCCCCGCGGCGGAGACCAGAGCUGGGGAGGACGGCCAGCAGAGAUACAUGGAGCCGUCCAAUCCAGACUGCGACCCGGAGUACGACCGAGACUGCAGACUGAGGCGCUACGAGCCCGAGGUCCAGAUCCCAGCAGAACCAGAGGAGCGCCACCAUGAGGAGCCCGAGGAGAACGCGCAGCCGGAGCAGGACCCGUACGAGACCGAGCCCUUCCAGAGCGGCCAGGACGACCUGCCCUACGCCCCCAACACCAACCCUAAUGUGCCCACCCUGCAGGACAUCCUCCGGCGCUACGGGGACCAGUUCGGAGACCAGUUCAAAGACCAGUUCAAAGACCAGUACGCAGACCAGUACGGCGAACAGGAGGAGCGCUACCGCAAGAAGUGA